AUACACGUUCGUUCAAGUGUGGCUCUCGCCCGCGGCCAUGGCAUCGCGGCCUGUGCGAGUGCUGGUGGACAUGGACGGCGUGCUGGCCGACUUCGAGGGCGGCCUCCUGCGGGGCUUCCGCCGCCGCUUCCCGGAGGAGCCGCACGUUCCGCUGGAGCAGCGCCAGGGCUUCCUCGCCCGCGAGCAGUACCGUGCCCUGCGGCCUGACCUGGCGGAUAAAGUGGCCAGUGUUUAUGAAGCCCCGGGCUUUUUCCUAGACUUGGACCCCAUUCCGGGGGCCCUGGAGGCCAUGAGGGAGAUGAAUGACAUGCAAAACACCGAGGUCUUCAUCUGCACCAGCCCUCUGCUGAAGUACGACCACUGCGUGGGCGAGAAGUACCGCUGGGUGGAGCGGCACCUCGGGGCCCAGUUUGUGGAGCGCAUUAUCCUGACAAGGGACAAGACGAUGGUACUGGGGGACCUGCUCAUCGAUGACAAGGACACCAUUCGAGGUUGGAGCUGUUACCUGCCUGCCUGCCUGCCCCAACUACAGAGGGAGUAUAAAACACCAGCUCAUACGCCCACUGCUUUCCUGCCCCAGGCCUGGAGCAGAUGCCACACUGGGAGCACAUCUUGUUCACCUGCUGCCAUAAUCAGCACCUGGCUCUGCCCCCCGCAAAGAGACGGCUGUUGUCCUGGAACGACAGCUGGAGGGCCAUCAUAGACAGCAAGCGGGGAGCUGUGCAGCAGGAGCAGGACGGCAGUGCACGGUACUGAAGGGAGGGCUGCAGAGCCAGGACACCCUCACAGUACUCUCAGAGAUGCCCUCCCGCACAGGCCCAGGCCCUGGUACUUCCCUAGGCUGGCAUGGCCAGCACAGAAUUACAAUGGCAGAAUCAGGCAAGAUCUUUUUAAUAA